AUGAAAUCAAAGAGAAUGAAAGAUCGGGACACUUCCGCUACGGUUUCUGAUUUAUCAGUAACAUCCAAGUCUGAACAGACACAAACAAACCCUACAGAAUUAUAUCAGCAUGGCAAGUAUGCCUACCAACCACAUUUCAGACAGAAUGUAAUAUAGCCUUACACAGUGCAAAGAAGAGAAGGGUUUGUUGAAAGAGGGCAUGCUUUUCAUUCAAAGUUUCCAAGUCCAAACUUUGGCAAUUCCAGAUGGAGCUGGGGAAAAUACUUUCUGAAAGUCUACUCAAUGCACUGCAGAUGAUGCUGAGCUUAAUGAAUCAAUGGUCUGAUUCGGUACAAGGCAGCUUCCUGUAUUUCUAAACACAAGUGUGCCACUAAGAAUAACUUUGCCACCAUUACUGACACAAAAUAGGCUUUGAAAUGACAACCAAGCACCUUCAACUGGAUUCAUCGUGGGUUAUUUCCCAUUUCGUUUCCUUCUUACUGAAAUGAUAAACACCUCUUAGGCUGCAUGUACACCAUGCAUUUAAAGGACAUUCAAAGUGUGGUCCAGUCCGUGAAUCCUGGGAACUGUAGUUAGUUAAGGGUACUGGGAAUUGUAGUUCUGUGAGGAGGUAAACCACAGCCCUCAGAAUUUGGUUUUGUGGGAGAUCAUGCUUUAAAUGUAUUGUGUACACAGCUAAAGUUGCAUCCGUUGUGACAUGUAGUUCAGGUGUGGUUUCACUAAUUAACUGAAACAUUUAUAUUCCUUUCAUUAAAAACGGCACUGGAGGAAGAUGACAACCACAAAAUGUAACUGGAUAUGUUACAUCACAAAUUAUAACUUAAUAGCCUAAGGUCAUUACAAUUCAAAAUUAAAUAAAAAUGGAUCAUCAAGAAAUAUACAGUCAACAGGUUAAACACAAAUAAAGCACAUGCCUCUAGUCUUUACAAGUGUUUAAAUGUUUAAAACUCAAAAUAACUAAUAAUACAUUAAAAUUAAAUAAGCAGUAUAAGGACCAAGCAGCCCACAAUUGUUUAUAAUUUAUGUUACACAUAAUAUAUAAUAUAGUGUAACGUAUCAUAUAGUAUAGAAAGUUGAAAAUCCACCAACAUAUUGUCAACAUAUUGUGCAGCCCUAUACAUAUCUACACAGAAAUAAAUUCCACUGAGUUAAAUAGGGGGUUGAAACCUAAAUUCAGUCCAACACAAAAUCAACAAAAUAACGCACUGCAAUAUAUAUAUAUUUAAAAUUAAAGGGAAAAAAGCCACUGUAAUAUAAAACGCUAAUGCCCUAUCUUCUUUUCUUUCGAACAGAAAGGUUUCAAUCCAUUUAUUAAAGGGAAUUAAGAAAGGGUCCUAGUACACAGACGUCUUUGGGAAGAAAGGACGUGAUUUAGAGGCUACAACCGAAAAGGUCCGACCACUGCCUCUGCUGCAGAAAUACACCUGCGCCCCCAUAAAAUGAUAAGGAUAAAUCCCUAAAUCUAGAAGAGGAGCGUGUCAGGAAGAGAGAAUCUGUACUAAACUUCUUGCGAAACUAGGCUUUGUUUUUGGUUUUUACUUGUGAAGGGAUUUAUUUUGUGUGUUUUUCAAGAGGGAGCCUUCAAAGACGUCCAGGCUGAAGUACCGCCAGAUACCUCAACAGAGAGGCCUUCGCAAGGCUGAAAGAGCCAGGCGACCAGCGAGCCUCCUUUGUCUGCAUAAGAACUACAAAAAGCGGGAAUCGUCCGCUCUUUUUUUUAAGCGCUGGAUUCCUUCCCUCUCCCCCCCCCUCACCUCCUCCCCCGCCUAACCCUACCGGCGCGCCAUGGCUUUCCCAGCCGUGCGGAUUGGCCGGGGCUCUCCUCGGGCUCUGAUUGGCCGCGGGGGCCCUCCGCCUGCUCCCGCCUCCUGGCGCCGAUAGAGUCUCCGGCCUGCCUCUCCGAAACGCCUCCCCCGGAUUGGACGCCGGGGAGCAGUCCCUGGAAACAGUUCCGGGAAACCCCUCGCGUUGCCGGGGUCGCUCCCGCCGUCCAUGAGGGGAGGGAAGAGGAGGAGCGCGCGCCAUUUGCAGCCGCUGCCUCCAAGCCGCGCCGCGCAGGUCCCGCUCCGGUGAGUCUGUCCGCCAAGGCCCGCCUGGCCGAGGAACCGGUAACCGGGGGGAGAGAAGGGAUGUUGGCAGGGUGGGAGAGAGGAGUGCGCGCUCUCGUAGUUGGCGGCGGCGGCGCGCGGGGGGUGGGGAGAGAGAGAUGCCCAGGCCCGCGCUCUCCGAGGCGCCUUUUGUGGCCGCGGCGCGCCUGGCGGGAUGCGUCUGGGCGGUGCAGGCCCCGCGCCGUCGACGUGGGGGCGGGGAAGGUAGGCCCGGCUGCGUGCGACCCCCCCCCCUCCAGAGGCGCCUCCUCAGCUGAGUGCGGAGGGCCCUGAUCCGCCGCUUUCCGGGAGAGGGAGAAUGGGAAAAGGAAGGAGGCCUAACCCCGUUAUCAUGACCUGGGAUGGGGAGGAAGGAAGAAGGUGUGUGGGCGUUUAAAACCAAUGCGGCGAUUUCUUUUUGAGCGCCUGGCGUGUUUGCAGGGGGUUUCCAUUCCCUUAGAAAUGGAAAUUAUUAUUAUUAUUAUUCCUGCCUUUCCCCCUCCUCCGGUUUGCGAAUUGCCGCCUUGAAUGUCGUGGUCCCUAAGGGGUGUUUGCUUGGCCGGCGGGCAUAAUAUUUCUCUCGGAUAAGCCUUAGGCACCUUUUGAAAUCCGGGAAUGAGUCCCAUUGGAAGCCGGCAGGAAUUUUUAAAGUUGCGGGCGAAGCUGUAACUCGGGGAUCGAGCUGCAGGGCUGCAUUCCUGUGCAUCGCCGGCCUGCGGAAACACAGCACGGUUUUUAGCUUCCGAGCAUAUGUGCCUUGAGUUACUGUCCUUAAAAACAAAACAAACAAAAAAAAACACCCAUCCGCCAAAUGUUCCUUUUCCUAAGGGGAGCCUGGAUUCUCCCCAUUUUUUAUUUUUGCAAAUGGAGCAUAUCCCUGCCCCGCCUACAAGUACCAUUUGAUUUGAAACUUAUCACAGUGCUUUUUCGUGGCGCUGUCAGAAUCAGAUUUGGUUGUGGUAAGGGUUCUUUGUUCUUUGUGAAAGACAGUGAUUAAUUGGGAAUUCUGGUUGGUGAGAAUACCAUAGGAGCUGUUGACAGCUGCUGAUACUUGUUUAACUUUGAUGGUAGAGGAAAUGGGGUGGAAUGUUUUAACUGUAACAGUACUACACUUGUGAAGUUACUGUAUUUGUAGCACCAUCCAUGCGACCUGUAGGCUAGCUAAGUUCUUUCUGCAGCAUGUGCUAUUUUCAGGAAUUACUUCAAUGUCCUGUUUAGGUAUAUUAGGUAUAUGGUCCAUCCUGAGUGUGUGUGAUAAUACUUGGUUUACUCAGCCAGGUUACUUGUAAUUGUAGGUAUAUAUACCUAUUUUACAUAUGCAGAGACAGUGUAGAGUUUAUUGUGAGUUUGUGGUGACAUAUAGAAUCAUUGGAGAGCUAUGGCUUUCAUUUUUAAGUUCAGAAAAUAACUGGGUUAUUUCUGAAACUCUCAUUGAAAUCUUGAUGUGAGUUAGAAGGGAUUUAAAAACUCCACAUACAAAGAUUGCAGCUGUGCUGUGUUGUUAGCUUGUAAAAACAUAGUAACUUGCUAUGGAGUGGGGAAACUUGCUGAAUAACUUUUCAGUUACAAAAAAAUAUACACGAAUAAUUUUAAUGUAGUUUGCUAAACAGUAGUCUGUAACAUUUUUGUCAUAGCAUUUUGUCAUACCUAUAUCCUCUUUCAGAAGUUGUAUAAGGGUGUCAGUAGUACUGCAGUGGUUUAAGUUAUAAUUUAGCUUCUAUUAUAGAUCAGUAUCUGUGGCUACAAUCCUGCAACUCUGUACUGACUCACUUUCCUGGGAAUAAGCCCCAUUAAACUCAGUGGGACUUGCUUCUUUGUAGGAUUGCACUAUACAUGUCUCUCAUUUCUCAAAUUUCAGUAGAGUCUAGUGGGCUACUCUGGUAACAAUAAAUCUAUUUUGCUUAUUUGCCUUCUCUUGAAGUGGGAUAUAAAAUUCCAGUGUAAGAACAAUGUUGUCUGUUGGUUGUGUGCCUAUUUUAAUUGAUUUUAACGAUUGAUCAAACUUUAGGAUAACUUACUGUAUUAAGAUUUUUGCUUGGUAUAAAAAUAAAAACACUAAAAUAGAAUAAACCUCACAUUACUCUAGUGUAAAAUGUUAUUCUAUAAUCUUAGAAUAAGUUUAUUUCUUGAGUCAUAGUCAUAUCAGGAAGCAACUGAGCUGAUUAGGGUCACAAUUAAGGAAGCAACCCAUGGUGAAUACAGUGGGACUUGAGUGCAAACAAGCUUAGGAUUGUUUUGGAUGUGCCCUGCAUUAGUGUGUCUGUAAGCCCUGUUCCUACACCAGUGCAAUGAACUUGGGCAGCCCAGUUCAACACAUAGAACUAUAAAGCUUUGCAGCAGUUCCAAGUGGAUAACAGUGUGUAUAGGAGGCAUAAAAUUAGUUGGCCCUCCUGCAUAGGAUGCUGGAAUUGGGACCCUAACUGGCACUAGUGCAAGGCUACACUUUUGAAAUGUGAAUGAGAACUAAAUGCAUAAGACUAAUAUCCAAGUGCAGGGGCCCAUAGGAUAGGCAGCACAUAUACUCUAUUCUGCACAUAAGAAUUUACAACAUUCAUGGUCAAAAGAAGAUUCUUCAGUAUGUCUCAUACAGCUGCCCUGUCCUGCUGUCAUUCCACAAAUCUUUGGUCUAACACCUUGAAGCAGGUUGCUAGAACAUAGACUAGGGUGGCAAAUAUAUCUCACAGCGGCAUUACAAAAGCCACUGGUGCAUUGACAGAAUAUCAGCCAAGUACUAGUGCAAAGGAAUCUUGCAUGGUAAAAGGGUAAAGUACCCCUGGAUGGUUGUCCAGUCAAAUUUGACUAUGAGGUGUGGCACUCACCUCUGCUUUCAGGCCAAGGGAGCUGGUGUUUGUCCGCAGACAGCUUUUCCAGGUCAUCUGGCCAGAAUGACAAAACUGCUUCUGGUGCACCGUGCACAGAACACCAUGACAAGUGCAAGAGUGCAUGGAAAUGCCGUUUGCCUUUCUGCCGCAGCAGUACCUACUCACACUGAUAUGUUUUGAACUGCCAGGUUGGCAGGAGCUGGGAUAAAGCAGCAGGACCUCACCCCACUUUACACUCCAGCCUGGACUCGGUGGUUUAGACCACAGUGCCACCCCCUGUCCCUGCUCUUGCAUGGAGUGAUAGCUGGAGCAUAAGAUGCAGGUUAUUUUGCCUAGGUGAAAGCAAAAAAGUAGUGUUUAGGAAGAGCCCGCAAAUGUGGGGCUUUGGUAGCCAGCCAUUAUUUAUGGUCACCUCCAACCCUGGCCCCACCCCUACCCCUCUGCACAGAGUGUCUAUAUGUGUGUGCUCCAUCUCUGACACUACACAGUGUCAUGCAGUGUAAGAGACUGAGCUUGGAAUAAGGUUAAUAGGUGGGAGGGUCUCACCCUUGAUUUCACACUGUGCCUUAGAGGCAUUCUGAGUGCCUUUAGCCUGAGUUCCAGACUUGGGGCAGCGGGAGGUAGGGUAAGUCUCUUUAUCUUGCUUUGGAAGUUUAGUGACUCGAAAGCGCAAUGUGAAGUCAGAGUCUAGGGAAGAUGGGUGGUUGCCAUGGUAACUGCGAUGAGUGAAUCUGUGGACCUCUGAGCAUAGCAUCAGGCUUUUAGUUAUAUGCAUUGCUGUAUUUGCAGCAACCUGUGCUUGGUGGUGGUAGUAGUAAUAUUAGAGCAGAAGGCUGAGAAGAAUAGCCUGGUAAAUACCCAGUUUCUGUAAUUAUUUGUGUAACGAGUUAGUUUAGUUUUUAAGUUUGCCAUAGUUUGGUAUAUUCAGAAGAAAUUUUAUGCCUUUUAUGGAAAGGCAGAACAGAAGCUUGAUAAAUGUGUGAGGAAAAUUCUUAACUAAUUGUAUUGGAUCAUAAACUGUGUUAUUGAAUGUUUUUUUAUCUGCAUUUGUAAAUUCAGUGCGAAUGAGUCCAUUAUAGUGAGUUGUGAAGGUAAAACUCAAAAACAAUAGUAGUACUGGAUCAUGUGAAUUUGUUGAUGGGUUUCGAUUGCAAAGUGACUGUUAGUUUAUUUUUUGUUCUUCCCAUCUUUCUACAGAAGGUCAGGGUGUCUUAACAGCAACUAUAAAAAACAAACACGAUAAAGCAAUUUAAAUCAUCAGCUGUCUAUAUGAAGAACUAUAAUGCCAUGUAGUGAAAAAUAAACAGUACUUUACAGUAAAUAUUUAGGCUCCAUACCAACUGUGUUCCAAAAGCCUAGACAUAAAUGUUUUCAGUUUGGUGCCUGAAUGUUAUCAGCAUGGCCCGGGGGGGGGGUACAAUCACAUUUCCUCCAGAAAGGAUUUCCCUGGUCCCAAAAGCUUACUUCAUGUCAAAGCUUGUAUGCAGUUCUUCCACAGCUGCAUGCAGAAUAGAACGGUAAAAUAUGGAGACAAAUCUUGAGUUUUGCUUGUUCUGACAUUCUGCUUAUACUGUAUAUAAUUUUCAUACAUGAAUAUUUGUUAAGUAAUUUGUGUAACAAACUGAACUGUGGUGAAGGUGUCAUUUCCUUGGGAUUGAUAUAUUGUUGUUUUUUAAUAGGUUAUUUAGUACACUUACCUUCCUUCUCUUGUGACACUUAAAAGUCAGCAUACAUAGGAUUCCCAUGGAGUCUCUCAUCCAUCCACUGAGCCAACCCAGACUUGUUUAGCUUCAGCAAGGUUACUGCUUUGCUAAUAAAGUUGUAUUAGCAUAUUUCUAAUAAUGUUAAUAACUAAGUAGUUCUAUAAAAUAUGAACCAACCAACCCUUCCCCAUAAACACUCCAGACUCUGAUUCCUUGUGGAACCCACACCUGUCUGCAGAAAAGCGAAGCUCUGUCCAGGAGGGCCAAGUUUCUUUUUCAUUGUGCUACCAGCUCUGAAGAGAAAUUAGAAUGGUCUUGAAGUAUUUUCUGGGAAUUCUAUGUACAUAGGGUAACUAAACUUAUCUGUAAAUAUCUUAAUCAACCAGUCAUCUUUUUAUCACUAAAACAUUGAUAGACAUACUUGUGUCUUCUGUAUUCUUUUUCAAGCCUUUGAGAGAUGUACUGAAGUGCACUGAGAAUCUUUAUAAAUGUCAGCUAUAUGAACAUUCUGUUGGAGGAGAAUGCUUUGAAGCGACAGUAUUUAGAAUAAGAAGUAAAGGUGGUGUUAAUUUUUGUUCGGGUGCUACAUAUCCCCAUAUCCCUCAAGUUGUCUUUGCUUUGGUAGUGUUGGCAUUUCAUUGUUGGAGAUAAUCAAGCCCAAGUUCCUGUGACCAGGCGAAGGGUCCCGUCUGCACUUUCUAUUUAAAGCAGUAUUAUAUCACUUUAAACAGUCAUGGCUUCCUCCAAAGAAUCCUGGGAAGUGUACGUUGUUAAGGAUGCUGAGAGUUGUUAGUACACUUCUAUUCCCUUUAGAGAGCCACAAUUCACAGAGUUCUAUGGGAAGAGAGGAUGACUGGAGAUUGGAACUCUGUGAUGGUACCAGGGGGGGUCUCCUAAGUACUCUCAGCACCCUUAAUAAAUUAGGAGUCUUAGGGUGAAGAUGCUGUUUUUAGUGGUCUGAUGCUGUUUUAAAUAUACAGUGGACCCUCUGGAUACGGAUUUAAUUUGUUCCGGGGGUCUGUGCGCACCUCGAAAAAUCCGUAACCAGAGGCACCGCUUCUGCGCAUGGCGUGAUAGAGCGCUUCCGCGCAUGCGCGAGUGGCGAAACCCGGAAAAAUACUUCCAGGUUUGCCGCUUUCGCAACCUGAAGAUUACAUAUCCAAAGAGGUACGUAACCUAAGGGUUCACUGUACAGUGGUGCCUCGCAAGACAAAAUUAAUUUGUUCCGCGAUUUUUAUCGUCUUGCGAUUUUUUUCGUCUUGCGAAGCACGGUGUCGGGAAAGUUUUGGAAAAGCUUCAAAAAUCACCAAAGUCUUUAAAAACCUCAAAAAAGUUCUAUGAGUUGCUCCUCGAAGUCAAGUCGCAACUGUAUUAACGGUGUUAAGAAAAAGGAAACAAACUUGCAAGACGUUUCCAUCUUGCGAAGCAAGCCCAUAGGGAAAAUCGUCUUGCGAAGCAGCUCAAAAAACAAAAAACCCUUUCGUCUAGCGAGUUUUUUGUCUUGCGAGGCAUUCGUCUUGCGAGGUACCACUGUAUAGUGCAGAUGAGGUAUCUAGAAACAAUGAAUCUCCCAAAAUGGGUUACAUUUGUCCCACUAGCCUUUGCUUGGAUACAAUUUUCAUUAGAAAAAUGGCUUUGUGUGUGACGGACCUACUUUUUUGGGUGUUGUGUUCCCCGCAAAGGAAGUAACACGUGACAAAGCAGAACUGGAACCCAUAAAAUGCUGCAUGUAGUGUGGAUGUAACACUUCUAAACAUGCUUUCACUUGAGGGGGGGGAAAUGAGGUUUAAUAUAACCAGACUAACCACUGAGAAAUUCUUUGGGGAAAACUUGUAGCAUCUUAAUCCCGUGUUCAGGGUGCAGUAUUUGCUAAGAAGCAACUGGUCUUAAUUCUUUGUGGGGUUUUGUCUCUUCAUGCACCACUGCUGCUUUUCAUGUAAGUGCAGAGGUAUUAAGGAGCAACCUCAAUAAACUAGAAGGCCUCGGUUUUGUGGAUCACCAAAACAGUUUUGUUCAGCUUGAAAGCUUUUUGUGCUUUUGGUCUUAAAGUAGGACAUGUGCUCAAAAACAUGCAGUAGCAAAAAUUUCAGGGAUUUUAUACAGUCUGUAGUAGAAAGGAGUGUGGUGGCAUCUGCUACAAAAAUGGAAUAGUGUACCAGUUAUUCUGCACAAGCUACAGUAUGGUCAUAGCCCAUUAAAGUACUCAUUGACCUUGAACUAAAAUGUUUUGAUGGCAAAACUUUUCUGGAGUGGGACAUCUUUUGUCUUGCUUUUGAUACAUUAAUUGUAUUGCAUGCUUUUAAUUGGAUGAUUAUCUUAAAGUUGUAUCUAGUAUUUGAAGGACUAGUUUUAGUGUUCUGCACUUAAAACAUUUUUUAAAAAUCUUUGUUUCAUAUGUCUUACUGAGUUUUCUGGUGAAAUCAAGAUUGCUUUGCCUCUGCUAAUAUGGCACUGUCAACCAGCCCUCUUCCUUAAGUAGUUGUUUAUAUCACCUGUGCUGUCAUGCCUGAAUAUUAAGCACCAGUUUGUAAUCAGACACAUAAAAUAACUUGGCAAAAUACCUCAGUAUUUGUUUGAGAAGAUAGUGCUACUUUUUUUUAUUCAUAUCUCUGCAGUCUUCUUAUUGACUUUCGCAUCAAGUCUUUCUCACUGAUAUGGAAAAUUGAAGGUGCUGCCUUUCGUUUAAACCUUUCAUUUAAACUCUAAUAUCUGGAAUAACAUGCUGUGCUAUGAUAUGCAGAAUUUAAUACAAGUUCAUCUUGCUGGUAUGUGACAUGCAAUUCGUUUAUCGAUUGUUCCACUUGUGCAAAACCUAAUGUGGCAUGUUGUUUUUUAUUUUAUUUUUAAAAGUGUUCUGGCAACUAGUGUACAUUAAAGCAGCAUGGCUUCUCUUAUGUAACAGGAUUUGAAGGAAGGUAUGGAAAUAAGCCAGAAAACUAUGGGAAAGAUGGAAAGCAAGUAUUGACAUUUGCAUAUUAAGCUGCCCUGUAGGCCUCUGUAUUAAGCACAUUGACUUAAAAUCUUUUUGAGACCAGGGUAAUAAUGGCAGAUGUUCAUGCAUUUCAGUAUACUCCCCACCACUAAGAUCACAGAAAUUAAUGCCAAAAUCAAAAUUAGAUCUGAUGUACAUGAAGUGCUUAAAAUUGUGCGCUAUUCCAUGUACAUGUUCCACAGUAUUUAGAACUGUACUUAUUUAAUGUAGGUGAGCUGCAUUCUAAAGGCUUUAAAUAAUAGGUUUAAUUCAAGUCACUUGCAGCAUGUUUACAAAUUAGUUUAGAUAAAUGCAUUGUCCUACAAAUUAGUUAUUUCUGGCUUUAUGUAAUAUAGCUCCUGAAUUUUUUCCAGCAGCAUAAUAAAAUGGCUAAUCAGGUGAAUGGUAAUGCGGUACAGUUAAAAGAAGAGGAAGAACCAAUGGAUACUUCCAGUGUAACUCACACAGAACACUACAAGACACUGAUAGAGGCAGGCCUCCCACAGAAGGUGGCAGAGAGACUUGAUGAAAUAUUUCAGACAGGUAUAAUAUGCAUUUCUUGUUUCUGAUUGGUUAUGAAAGUGAAGGCAAACGAUUUUCAAAUUUUUAGGUUUUAAAGUUGAAAAAAUUUACUUGUGUUUUGUACUGUGUAGCUUUGAAUGUACAGCUGCUUUCACUUCUUUGAGGUCAAAUUGGGUUUGACAUGUUGACAGUAUCUUAGGUCAUCAGGGCACUUAACUGUUUCAUAGACACAAGUAAAAGUGGACAUUCCAGCUUACUGAAUUAUAAGUUUCCUCUAUAAAAUAAUCAUUUGUUUCUACCUUUCUACCAUCACCAAUUUAUAGUUAUUGUGUUAAACACUUAAUAUUUCAAUAGGUGCUUGGCUUAUUGAGGGAAAUAGCUUGCUUGCUUGACUUAGGGCUACGUUUGAAUUCCAGUCUGUAAGUGAAUUUCAUGUUUGUCCAGCUCCUAGUGAAUAUUUCAGUCCAUAUCAGUAAUUACACUGAUGUGUUCAGAUUAAUAAUUAUUAUUUGAAUUACGUUUAUCUUGCAUGGAGCAAGUGGCUUAUUGUGUAUUCUAAAGAGAGAGAGAGAACACAUGUUCUGCUUAGGAAACACAUAUUUUUUGGGGUGUGAAAUAGAAACUUCCUCUUCCUCUUUAGUAUGCGUGUUGUGAAUAUAUUUAGAAAUAUAAAUGGAACUGCUUCAUGCCCUUAUCUCAAAUAUUUGAGUGGCAAGAUCUGCUUUAUCUUUUUUCCCUAAAAUACUCCAAAAGUUAUGUAAGUUUAAGGCAGUUCAAAACAAUACCAUAUCUGUCUUCUUUAUGUUGAUAUUUUGACUCAUGUGGCUGAUCUGUCUUGAAUGACAAUCCCAAUGAGUGCCUGCCAGAUAGCUUUUAUUUCCUUAGAGAGACACUUCUCUAAGGCGGUGCUAUAUGAUGAUGUACACUUAGUGGCUUGAGUGUAGGUGUCUGAGAAAUGCAUGUACAGGAUUUUAGAAUGUGUUGCAACUGAGGUUGUGUCAUGAGGAGUUUGACAUUUAUCUAAACUUGUUAAAACAUUUUACUACCUAGUAUUCAACAAUAUUUGUACAACUAUCUUCAUGGUUAAACCUGCCCCACUGGUGUCCGUUAGUAGUGUUCGCUACAACUAAUUUUAUAAUUAAACUUGGGGCUGAACUUCAUUAUUUUUAAAACCUCUGCUGAGUUUUGUCCCAGUACAAAAUAUGCCUUCCAAAAUGCAGGAUCAAUUCUGAAAUGCAGUCUUUGUGCACUGCUAUUCUGUGUGAUAGAGAAUAAAGAUGUUUUCAGUGCUCUUUAAAAUCCUGAAGUAUUCAAAACACUCUGGAUAGUUAUUGGAAGUUGGUACAAAUAUCUCAGCACCUUACCAUUUAAUACUGAUGGAAUUAGAAAUUGUCUACAUUUUUCAUAAACUUCUAUUAACUUUAAUGUAAAAGAAAGUACUUUAUGCUUCAGAACUGGUCCUACUGUAUGUGGGUCUGCACCUGUAAGCUUAAUAUUAGUGUACUUGAUGUACAUAACAGGGCUUGAAAUAAUGUCACUGGCUGGAAAGUUGUGGCAAAAUGGUAUUUAUCUGUAGUAAAAAACAUUCAUUGUAAUCUCCUUUUUAUAGAAAUGGGGAUAAUUUUUCACUUUAGUUGUUUUUGAAGGGGAGAAGUUGGUUUUAUAGGUUGCUCGAAUAGCUGCUGUAGCACAACUGUUGUUAGAUUAUGUAGUGUUUAUGCAUCGUUUGUAAUGGCUCCAUCUUAAAGAAAUAUCCUAAAAGGGAAUGUGAGCCAGAGUUCAUUGUUUCAAACCCUGAUAUGUAGUGUUGCUUUGCGCAGCAGAAUAUCCACACAGUUCCUCAAACAAUUUUGUUUCUGGAUAUAACUUUUUAGUUUGCCGUAGUUACCUUGAUGUACUGAGCUCAAAUUACUUCAAAUUUAGCAAAAUAAAAUAGUGUUUUUGAAUGAAAUUGCCUCUGUAUAAUUAAAUGGGAAUCUGUAACUUUUUUCUAUUUUUAAUUUUUUAGGAUUGGUAGCUUAUGUUGAUCUUGAUGAGAGAGCAAUAGAUGCUCUUAGAGAAUUUAACGAAGAAGGAGCCCUCUCUGUAUUACAGCAGUUUAAGGAAAGUGACCUGUCGCAUGUACAGGUAAGGUAAGAGCUCCUGUGGUGUGAAGAAAUAGGUUCACAAAUAUAGCAUUCUUUCUAACAUGACUAUAACAAGCUCCAACAAAGGUUGUCAUACUUUUUUCUGAACUCUUCUGCACUGUGUCUUUUUGACAACCUUACCCCUCAAACACUGCAUUUAGGCUGGAAUCCUAUGUUUCCUUAGUUGGAAGGAAAUCCCAUUCAACUCUGUGGGGCUUACUGCUGAGUAGACAUGUAUAGGGCUGCACUGUUAAAGUCUAGAGUUGCAUGCGUGUAAAAAGACUCUCAUAUUCAGAGUCCUUGGCCUGAUGUGGUGUUCAAUGGAGUGGUUGUUUGUGUUAAAUAAAUUGUACAAAGUGAUUUUUUUUUAAAAGCACUCUACUUAGUUCUGUCAAAAGUUGCAGCAGUUGAGUGUUAUGCAAGGUUCAAUGGCUUCAGGUUUCUUUUUAUGCCUUCCUCUUGAAUGAUGUCAUAAAUUGUAUCUGCAGAACAAAAGUGCAUUUUUAUGUGGAGUUAUGAAGACUUACAGACAGAGAGAGAAACAAGGAAGCAAAGUACAAGAAUCAACAAAGGGGCCAGAUGAAGCAAAGAUUAAGGUAAUGUAUACAUAUGCUGAGUGUACAGGGGAACAGAUAAAGGUUCUGCUGAACUUCUAUGUAGAUAUUUCUGUAUUUAAGUAAUUAAUUGCAUUGUUCUGAUGUUGCUUUAAGGACUUGUACUGGAGGAAAGAAUCGUAUUGAGGGGGGAAGGCUUGUAUGACAUUAAAUAGUUAAAAUCAUGACUGUUGCAAAUGCUUAAUAGCAAAAGAGCCCUAUCUAUAUAUAGGAGAGAAACGUGCCUCCAUUAUUAUAAUUAUUAUAUAUUUAUUAAUUUAUACCCCACCAUUUUCCCUGACAGGGACUCGAUGGCCGCUUCUUUCCUCAAUCACUUUAGCAUGUGCAAGCUACCUCUUUCUCCUGGGAGAAAGAGGCAGCCCUCCCCCACCCGUCCAUGCAAAGGCGGCAGCGGCUGAUGCAGGCGCACGGACGGAGCAUUUGUGAGCCUUCCUCAGUUGCCUUAGAAUGGGUGGGAGCUGGAGGAGGAGGCGACUUCGCCCUGUUCCUUGCAUGGUUGGGUUCCUUCCUCCAUGCGCCGUGCACUGGAAGAGGUGGCUGCGGUUUUGGAAGAGGCAGAAGCUGUGCACAGUGACACUAAUUGUCUCUGUGGCAGGCAACUGCCUUCCUCCUCCCCGCCUUCUUUCCAACAUCGUAAUAUACCACCAUAUCACAAUGUUUAGCUGUCGGUGUAUUACGACGAUGGCAAGCAGGUAUUACCCAGCCCUAGCCAUUAAUUUCAGUAAGCCUACUCUGAGUAGUACUUAGUUGGAUACAACGCCUAGUCUGUGGUCCCAAUAAGCAGCAAGAGGAAGAGCACUUCAUUUAGCUGGGUGCAGCACUGAGUUGUUCGUGUGGCGACACAAGAAUGGUCCUUCUCUGCAGUGGUUCCCCGUCUAUGGAAUGCUCUCCCCAGGGAAGAUCGCCUGGCGCCUUCAUUAUACACCUUUAGGUGUCAGGCAAAAAUGUUCCUUUUUAACCAGGCCUGAGAGCCAGCAUGGUGUAGUGGUUAAGAGCAGUAGACUUGUAAUCUGGUGAACCGGGUUCGCUUCCCUGCUCCUCCACAUGCAGUUGUUGGGUGACCUUGGGCUAGUCACACUUCUCUGAAGUCUCUCAGCCUCACUCACCUCACAGAGUGUUUGUUGUGGGGGAAGAAGGGAAAAGAUUGUUAGCCACUUUGAGUCUCCUUCAGGUAGUGAUAAAGCAAGGAUAUCAAAUCCAGACUCUUCUUUGGUUGAUCUUAUUGACAUCCAACACCCUUUUAGAAUGUGGCCUUUUUGUGGGGGGUUAUUGGGUUACUGCUUUUGGUUUGAUUUUAUAUGUUGUGGUCUUGUUGUGAACUGCCCUGAGACCUCGGGGUAUAGGGUGGUGUAUAGGAUAGAUACAUACAUAGAUAGAUAGAUAGAAUAUGCAAGAGGUUCUGUGGAUGGGGCUCUUUCUGGUUUGUUUUUCUGUCUUGGUAAAGAAUGUGUUGUUGAAUGCCACUUGUGCGAUGAAAACAUCUACUUCUAAUUCUUCAUCCUUUAUUCAGGCUUUGCUAGAGAGGACUGGUUAUACUUUGGACGUGACUACAGGCCAGCGGAAGUAUGGUGGCCCCCCUCCAGAUACGGUCUACUCAGGAUCCCAGCCUGGCAUCGGCACAGAGGUUUGUAUGUACAUACUGCUGCACAUAAAUUGCAGAUACAUAAAGAUUGUCCUUACCUAACAAUGGUUGCCUAUUUCAUCUAAUAAGACUUAAAAACUAAUUAUUUAGUUUUAGCUAUAAUGAAAAUAAUUGUUAAGCUGAGUUUUCCAACCAAAUUUUGACAGGAAACACUUUGAAAGCCUGUCUUUUAACUGCAGUAAUAUUCAGAGCUGUUGUUCAUUUGGCUAACUUGUGGCCCUCCAGGUGUAAUAGAAAACAGUGGUUUACUCACUGCAGCUUUGAGCUACGGUAAGCGAUGAGCUCACAUACUCUUCAUCGCACCCCCCUGCAAAUAGGAGAUUGAAACUUCUGCUUUCAUUUUUAAACUAGCCUUGGUGCCCCGUGACAGCCCAACUUGGAACUAUGGUUUGUUUAAACUAGGGUUAGUGACAGCAAGUCAGGAUCAAAUUAGGUUUCAAAUCCUGAUUUGUUCACAAAGCAGGUGGGGAACAAAUGCGGUCAUUUGCCUCUCUUUUUCCAGCCCAUAGGACUCUCCCCAGGCCACACCUCUCCCUGACCGUGUUCCAUGCCCUCCCAAGUGUUUUUGCCUAGCUGGAAUGAGUCCUUGAACUAUGAUAAUUCCUCUUGUUUCCCUGGAUGGGAAUGGAGAAAUGUGUGUGUAGAAACCUCUGACUUUUACCUGACUGGAAUGUAGUCUAUUGUGAAGGUAAGAGUCCCAUCAGUUGGGCUGCCCCUAUUGGCUCCUGGCCUCACCCACUUGAAAAGGUUGCUCAGAAAGGAAUGUGACCCUCUGACUGAAAAUGGUUCCCACCGCUGGGUUAAAUGACCAGAGUUCCACAAAUUCGCCAUCACAGGGAACUGCGGCUAGUUUAAAAUUGAAAACAGAAGCUUUUGCUGUCCUUUUGGGUGGGAAGGAGGGGAAGUGCAUAAGCCCAAGGUUGUGUAGUGGGAAACCAUUGUUCCCUGUUACAUCUGAACUGAGCCAGUAUUUGUGUUGUGUGCAGUGAUUAAAGAAAGGGUAUUCCUAAAGUAGCUCUAGGUAGUGGCCCAUGUGCUUAGAGCGGGAGCUUCUCUGUUCUGAGUGUUUGUAAAGGAAGAUCAACCAUUUUGAAAUAUCACCUCACACAAAUCUAUUGCGUUUUUCUUAAUUGAAUUAUUUUUUUAAAUGUCAUUUACUAACAAACAAACAAAAUAUUUUUUUUCUUUUCCUCACCAGGUUUUUGUUGGUAAAAUUCCUAGGGAUUUGUAUGAAGAUGAAUUGGUACCACUAUUCGAGAAGGCAGGCCCAAUUUGGGACCUGCGGCUCAUGAUGGAUCCCCUCUCUGGCCAGAACAGAGGCUACGCUUUCAUCACUUUCUGUAGUAAAGAUGCAGCACAAGAAGCAGUCAAAUUGGUAAUUACUAUGCUAUGCUAUAUAUCUUGGAGGAUGGAAUGACUUCGCUGUGGUCACAAACUGUAACUCAUAGAUACUUUCUUUGCAGGUGGGCUCCCAUAGUAUUCUAGAUCACUCAGUCAUGAGCUAUAAAUUAGCAGUUAGCUAGUUAUAAACAACUAGUCAUUAAUUGCUGCUACUUAAGGCACUUCUCAAUUUAACCAUGCCAUCUGAUGUUAAUAAGGAAAAUUGCAGGAUGAAUCUGACUUGAGUUCUCCUUUUGGACCUUGGACACAGUUAUUAUUGAGACCUCCUUGAUAGCUGUUUUUCAGCCCAGGUAAAUUUUAGUUGAAAACAUGAAAUAGCAAGGCAUCUGCAAAGGCUUGGUUAACAUUUUUUGAAUUAUUUGCAGUUGUAGGUAAGGAUGGUUGGUUCCUCACUGAAGCUCCUAAAGUUUGAUAGACAAGGGACAAAAUGAUGGAUAAAACUGGCUAAAAAGGGGCAAGGGAAAAUUAACUGAUAGUUUUCUGAGUACAGAGAAGUUUUCCAAGUACAGAGAAGGGUCCCCAAGGAUCUGUAAUUGAUGGUAUUUAUCUUUCAUAAAUUAACUGGAGGCACAGUUAAUUGGUGAGUUAGCUAAGUGUGCAGAUAAUAGCAAAUUAGGAUUUUACCAAUCGGGCACUAACACAAUCCUAAACUAGUCUACUCAGAAGUAAGUUCCUUUGAGUUCAGUAGGACUUACUCUCAGUAGGACCUACUCUCAAGUAAGUACCAAUUGGAUUGUUCCAUAAAAAGCUCUCUUCAAACAGAGCAGAAGCUGAAAUGCUAUGUAAGAGCAUCUUGAGUGAUGUACUGAGUGGGUAAAUGGGAAUACUAACUUCGCUGAUACACUAAUGGAUUGUAAAUUGUUGGUAACAGCCUAAAAAAACCCUUCUUAAGGAGAAAGCUUACUGAAAAUGUUAGUGUGUGCCAGCAGCGAUAAAGGAAAAUUCACACUUGGGAAAUGGAUAAUAGUGAUGACUUUAUAUAAGUUCUGGGGUGUUCACUGUCAUAAAAAUCUCCCGAGUCCAGGCUGCUUGAUCUGAAAAAGGAUGUUUUAUCGAUAGUGAAGUAACAGUAGAUGAUGUGCUUAGGAAUGGAGCAUCUUUCUUUUGAAGAUAGCCUUCAGAGCUACAUUACAGUGAAUUGUACUAACGUACACAGUUCUUUAAUAGAGACAUUUAUGAAUAACAAUGACCAUGAUAGCUAAGAAUCUAACCUCCAUGUUCAGAAUCAGUGUACCCCUGAGUACCAGGUACUGGGAUGAAACAGGAGAUUUGUUCAUGUGAGCUUCUCAGACAUCUAGCCUGAAGUUUGUGAGGCUGGAUUUAGCAUUCUAAACCUGAGAAGUCUCCUUAGACAGUGUAUUUUGAGCUGGCAAACGCCUAUUAUUGGGAAAUGAGCUAGAUUACUGGAAACCUUAAAUCUUUCCAAAGUGGGAUGCAGGUAUGAAGCUUUUUUUGUAGUAGAUAGCAUUUUAUUUUGAGAUCUUCCCCACUGGAGCAGGUGGAGAGUUUGUUGAUCUGUGUACCAUUAAAUUGGAACUUUAAGAUGAGUGUUCAGCUUAACGUUCUUUUCAGUGUGACAACUAUGAAAUCCGUCCUGGUAAACACCUUGGCGUAUGCAUCUCUGUGGCAAACAACAGGCUGUUCGUUGGAUCAAUUCCAAAAAACAAGACCAAGGAAAACAUACUAGAAGAGUUCAGCAAAGUUACAGGUAAGGAGUUGAGCAUAUGAUGUGUUGUAAGGCAUUAACAUUUCACUCAUGAAACAAGCAGACUAGUGUUGAUAAUAAACAUGCCUGUUAAGACUCUGAAUUUAUUUAGUACAGUUAUAUCCUCUAUCUUUCAGAAUAUAAACCCUUCUAAGGCACCACUUAAAAUGCACACACCAAACAAUAUUAACCUAUGAAACACCACCCAGUUCCUUUUCAUAGGGCCUGAAUGGUAUCCAGCUUGAAGUGGCUGUGCAGUUAAAUUGCAUUUUACUUGAACUUCCAGCAGACAUUUUGUAGGAGUCGCAGGCACUCAUUUGGACUUGGGAAUUUCAGGGUGUUUGAAGUCUAAUGAAAAUUGAGGUCUUUGAGAGGGUUGCAGGCUGGUCUUGCUUCUCUCUCUUAACCCUAGGACCACUGGUACUUAUUUAAAACAAGUUUGCUUCCCCCCUCCUUUCCGCUUCCAUUGGCUUAAAAUAACUGGGAAGGGAGAAGGUGGCAAGGGGAGAAUCUAUACAUUUGGGUGCCAGUGCUUUCCCACUUUUAGAGGAAGUGAUGUGCUGUACCAGGUGCUUCUUUGCCUUCCUGUAAUGGCCAGAAGUGGUUUUGAUAAGGUGGGGAAGCAAAGGAGGGGUGAGAGUGUGCAAAGAGUGGGGUGUACAAUAUUGAACAUCCAAGUUCAAAUCCAGUCAGGACUGGUGAUCCCUUGAAUGCAUGUUGAGGUCAUCUAUGGUAAAAAUGAGUCUCCCAGUGGCAGCAAAAUGAGAAUGUCAGUACCAUUUGCAGGGCUGUCUUAAGCAUAUGCGAUGCCGGGAUGCAAAGAUCUGCCUGGCACUCCCACCCCCCAGGUUGCCCAGUCCCAGGUGUGCAGGAGGGCGGAGCCAGCCGGCCACCUCAGCGUCUCACUGGCUCGGUCGCCCCCCGAACUCGCGGUGCAGAGCCACCUGCAGCAGAAGAGCCAGCUGUGGCACUCUGACCGACGGGCGGGCUCUUCCCCGGACUCAACUCUUGGGCCCCAGACUCUCGGCCUGGCGCCCCUGAGAGCCUGGGUGCCCCACACCCCUAGCGCCUAUGGGUAAGACGGCCCUGACUAUUUGGAGCGCUGCCAUUUCAUUGGAGGAAUCUCCCUCCGCCCAGAUGGCAUUAGAUUUGGUAGAUGGUGUCAUCUUUAUGGUCAUUGGUGCAGACCUUGCAACCUGGGAGGCCAUAUAAAAGAAGAGAAAUGGCAGCCCUGGAUCAGAUUUUGAGUGCUGGGCAAAGAAACAUUACUUCUACCAUCUCCUCAUGCUAGAAGAAAGUUUAUGUUCAAAAGUCGAUGGAGCCAGUGCCUAGAGAAGGGAGAACUUAAUUGUGUGUGUAUUCUGGCACUGCCUCAUUUGAGUGUGCUGAAGACUUGAUCUGCUUAUGCUGAAGCUUCUGCAUUCCAGUUCGCAUUUCAAGCCAGAAAUAGGCUUCUGUGUUACAUCCAGGUGUCUUGUUCUUACAGAGGGUUUAGUGGAUGUAAUCUUGUAUCACCAACCUGAUGAUAAAAAGAAGAAUCGGGGAUUCUGCUUCCUGGAAUACGAGGAUCACAAAUCAGCUGCUCAAGCUCGGCGUCGGCUGAUGAGUGGGAAAGUAAAAGUCUGGGGAAACGUCGUUACUGUGGAAUGGGCUGACCCUGUAGAGGAACCAGAUCCAGAAGUCAUGGCAAAGGUAAUAGAGCAAAGGCUGUACUGCUGAAGUGACUAACUCCAGAUUGGGACACAGAUCCCAUCCCCCAAGAUCUCACAAAUUGGGGGGGGGGCAAGAAAAAGGAAAUAAAAAAGACACUAUGCUUGGGUGGGUGGACCCCAGCACCCUGAUGGGGAUACGAAUUGCCUUCUCCCCAGUCAUCGGAUCAAUCAUUUGAUGAGCCUGGAGGGGCCAAUAACACAUCCCCCUAAGCUGAUUGGCGUGCAUCAACUGAGGUGUGGGGGACAACGCCCAUCACUGACCUGGACACCCCAGAGGGUUUGGCCAAGAAUGAACACGCAGCCCUUUGAGCCAAAAGUAGUUUGCCAUUACAGUAGGGUGGCCAUGUCUGCGAUGAUACUUUGCCUUUCCCCCUCCCUGGGGUGUAAGAAUUACUGAAGUAUACAAUUCCAGGUACAUCCAUGCUUUUCCUCCACCUGGCAGUAGGGUUAAUGUACUGAUGCUGGUCAAUGUCAUCCGUUCCCUGGGAAUCUUACAAAAAAUAAGCAACAUGGAAUUGUGCCUGUAUCUCUUAAAUGAAAUCUUGAAAAUAAAAGUUGAUGGGGGCCUAAUUCAGAAGCCAACACUGAAACAUGCUGUCAGUGGUCCAUGUUGUUAGUUGCUGUUUCAGUUUUAGUGAUAAAAUUAACGCCUCUUGUGAUACAGAGAUAAAGCCAUCUUUUCCUGGAUGGUUAUUUAGUGCACUCUUGCAUCUGAGCAAGCAUGUAUUGUAAGAGUUACUGGAUUUCUGAAGCUGAUGUCAAAAUCCCACCCCCUUUUUUAACAGGUGAAAGUUUUAUUUGUGAGAAACUUGGCCACUACAGUGACGGAAGAAAUACUGGAGAAAUCCUUUUCAGAAUUUGGAAAGCUGGAAAGAGUGAAGAAAUUAAAAGACUAUGCUUUUGUUCAUUUUGAAGAUAGGGGGGCAGCGGUCAAGGUAGGUAUGCACAAUUUCAUUAUCUAGGCCAGUGGGUGGGGAACAGUCCCUGAUUAUGCCUGGCAAGGAUCCUCUUUCAGCCUGUGAGGUCGUUUCCCCCAAGCCACGCCCACCUGCCCAGCACAUGAGAACAUAUAUAACAUUAAGUGCACUGUAGAUGAAAACAAAGCUCCCAGCCAAAACUGGAGUUUGCUGUUCCUUUCCCUGUUUCAGACUGCAUGGGCAAAGGAAAACUCUUCAUUUGAUGUCGUGGUGAUGCAUACAGACCUACGUUAUGCAGCAAAAUGGUAGUUGCAGUCAUCUUUUGCAGUCAGCUUCUACCUGACUUCUCCCUCCCGCUACAGCCUGUACCUCACAUCUCAUGCCUUUCUUGAGACUCUUUCCUAACUUCAGGAGAUGUUUUUCAGGGCAUACUGGCAGGAGGAGUACAAGCAUGGGAUUGGAUGCCAUCCAACGUAUAUGCUUUGAAGCCCCUAAAAAUGCUCUAUAAAUGCUGAAUAUUGUAAUUGGUUCAUCUAGUCUGAUACUUUCCAUUUAAAUCUUCUUGCUCUCCCUCACCCCCCCCCCCGUACGUUGGAAAGGUUUUACCAGUGCAUUGUUCACAUUGCAUAUGUUAAACAGCGUAUGCUGCCCUGUAUUAAAAAAGUUCUCUCCCCUCCCACUAAAGACCCCCAAUCUUUUCGUCCUGCUUCAUCUUCGGUGGUACCUUGGUUCUCAAACUUAAUCCGUUCUGGAAGUCUGUUCCAAAACCAAGGUGUGCUUUCUCAUAGAAAGUAAUGCAAAAUGGAUUAAUCUGUUCCAGACUUUUAAAAACAACCCCUAAAACAUCAAUUUAACAUGAGUUUUACUAUAUAACGAGACCAUUGAUCCAUAAAAUGAAAGCAAUAAACAAUGUAUUGCAGUCACACAAUCAAUCAGUAGCUGAACUGGGUUCCACACAGUCACAAAAACAAAGAGCCACAAAAACAAAAAUGUAAAAUAAAGAGCAAAAACAGACAGACCUCAGCGUAACGCUCAAAACGGAAGCGUGGCACUCAAAAUGGAGCAUGUUCGGCUUCUGAAAUAAGUUCGCAAACCAGAACACUUACCGUAUUUUUUGCUCUAUAAGACUCACUUUUUCCCUCCUAAAAAGUAAGAGGAAAUGUGUGUGCAUCUUAUGGAGCGAAUGCAGGCUGCACAGCUAUCCCAGAAGCCAGAACAGCAAGAGGGAUCGCUGCUUUCGCUGCACAGCAAUCCCUAUUGUUCUGGAUUCUGAGAUUCAGAAUAUUUUUUUUCUUGUUUUCCUCUUCCAAAAACUAGGUGCGUCUCAUGGUCUGGUGCGUCUUAUAGAGCGAAAAAUACGGUACUUCCGGGUUUGCAGUGUUUGGGUUCCAAGGCGUUAGAGAACCAAGGUACCACUGUAUUUGCUUUCCAGACUUCUCCUUCUUUAAAAGCAGCUCAAGCAAGAAAAAGUGUUUCUCACUGUGAAACACAAAUGGAGACUGUCUUUUCUUCCUUCCAGAAAGGGUAUUCAGCCUUCAGUCCAAUGCCCUGUUUUAAAACAAAGAGCUAGUAGUAGCUCUUCAUUGUUACAGAAGUCUCUCCUACACCAGAGUAGACACACAGGUGUUCUGUUCUUGUCCCAGGCAAAUUUAAAGUGAUUCACUUCAUAAAACAUUCAGUAUGUAAAUAUUCAUUGUGUUGAAAUAGAAUUACUAUGGACAUGAGAAUAUCAGAACUUAGAGAAGAGUGGAAAGGUGGGAAAUCCUGAAGGAUUCUUCUCUGUAGAAUGGAAUUUAAACUUCUUUCCCCUUCCAAACAGGCCAUGAACGAAAUGAAUGGAAAAGAGAUAGAGGGGGAAGAAAUUGAAAUAGUAUUAGCUAAGCCUCCAGAUAAGAAAAGGAAAGAACGCCAGGCUGCCAGACAAGCCUCCAGAAGUACUGCGUGAGUGUUAACUUCAUUAACUGUACUGUAGUUCAAAGACGGGAGUUUCUGUCUGAUAGCAACAUAGUAAAAAUCUACUUUAAUCUGGCAUGCUGAACUCCGCUUGAACUUUUAAAUUGAGAAAGCAGCAUGAACUAAUGCUAAUGCUUUUUUCCUGCUCACUAGGUACGAAGAUUAUUAUUACUAUCCUCCACCUCGUAUGCCACCUCCAAUUAGAGGCCGAGGGCGUGGAGGGAGAGGCGGCUAUGGCUAUCCCCCAGAUUACUAUGGCUAUGAAGAUUAUUAUGAUGAUUACUAUGGCUAUGACUAUCAUGACUACCGUGGUGGCUAUGAAGAUCCUUACUACGGCUAUGAUGAUGGCUAUGCUAUAAGAGGAAGAGGAGGAGGAAGGGGUGGGCGAGGCGCACCUCCACCACCUAGGGGGCGGGGAGCACCACCACCAAGAGGUAGAGCUGGCUAUUCCCAGAGGGGGGCACCAAUGGGACCACCAAGAGGAGCCAGGGGUGGGAGAGGGGGUCCUGCCCAGCAGCAGAGAGGACGUGGUGCUCGUGGAGCCAGGGGCAACCGUGGGGGCAACGUGGGAGGCAAGAGAAAGGCUGAUGGGUACAACCAACCGGAUUCCAAGCGCCGCCAGACCAACAACCAGCAGAACUGGGGCUCCCAACCCAUCGCUCAGCAGCCGCUUCAGCAAGGUGGUGACUAUGCCGGUAACUAUGGUUACAAUAAUGACAACCAGGAAUUUUAUCAGGAUACGUAUGGGCAACAGUGGAAGUAA